AUGACCGACUACUCGUUUCGGGAACAGCAAAACAACGCCGAGUUCGACCGGCUCGCCCUGACCCUCCACCAGUUCCGCCAGACGGUCGACCACGACAUCCACGGGUCGGUGCAGCAGGAAAACUCGCUCCUAACCUCGUUGGAAGAAGGGAUGGAGCUGGUGAUGGCGAGCGUGUCCCGCACCCGCACCCAGUUGCUGGAGGUGAUGAACCGCCAGCUGCUGCUCACCAAGCUUGUCGGGGCGAUCCUCGUGGGGUUUAUACUCUUGUACGUGUUGUGGAAGGUGGUGUUUUAG